AUGACAUAUCAAUACUCAUAUUUAAUUGACUCCAACUUGAACCUCGAUUACAACCUUACCAUAUUUCAUAAGCGCACAGGCCAGAUAAACGACUACGGCAUGCAGAUCAUCUUUAAAGACGUCGCUGAUCUACUAAAGAACAUAGAAGAAUACCAAGAAGAGGAUUGUGGCAAAAUUGUAGUAAACAGUGCCAAUGAUUUGAAAACCUCUGAAAUUGUCUCAAAAAAGGAAGAAACCUUACCGAUAAAUAACUACCUAUUAUCAAAACAAGAAACAGAGCCUAUAACCAAAAGUAGUAUUCCUGACAAGACAUUUCGUUAA